GGAAGGACGCGGAAGGGGAAGGGGCGGCGGGGCCGGUCCGGUCCGAGUGUCCGGGUCCCGUCCCCGGUCCCCGUGUCGCGGGCCCCGCCCGCCGCCAUGACUCUCGCCGUCUUCUUCGGGUGCACCUUCAUCGCCUUCGGGCCGGCACUCGGCCUCUUCCUCUUCACCAUCGCCCGCGACCCACUCCGCAUCAUCAUCCUCAUCGCCGGGGCUUUCUUCUGGCUGGUGUCACUGCUGCUCUCCUCCCUCAUCUGGUUCAUCGCUGUCAAAACCAGUGACCCCCGGGAUGAGCCGCUGCAGAAGGGGCUCUUGAUAUUUGGGGUGAUGUUUUCCGUGCUGCUGCAAGAAGCUUUCCGCUUCCUCUACUACAAGCUCCUCAGGAAGGCCAUCGAGGGGCUGGUGGCUCUCAGUGAGGAUGGCUGCUCCCCCAUUUCCAUCCAGCAAAUGGCAUAUGUGGCUGGCGUGGGAUUUGGGCUCAUGAGUGGAGCCUUUUCCAUGAUCAAUCUCCUGGCAGACGCGUUAGGGCCCGGCACUGUGGGCAUCCACGGGGAUUCACAGCUCUAUUUCUUAACCUCAGCUUUUAUGACCAUGGUGCUGAUUUUCCUUCACACCUUCUGGGGGAUCCUCUUCUUCCAUGGCUGUGAACAUCGGCGCUGGUGGGAGAUCACAGCAGUUGUUGUCAUGCACCUCGCUGUUUCGGGGUCGACUUUUUGCAACCCCCUGUAUGUGGGCAGCCUGGUGCCCUCCUACAUGCUGAUGGCUGCUGCCGCUGUCUGGGCUUACCUUCUCUCAGGGGGAUCUGCCCAAAACCUACGGCGCUUCCUGCUCUGUCUACAGAAUGGAGCCAGCCCCCAGCCGGGAUCCUGAAUCCCUGCAGGAUUUUCCUGUCCUCAGCCACCCCUGCCCUCCCAUCCAUCCUAGCAGCAAGAGCAUACGUCACCUUCUCUGCAGAAUCUUUUCUCCUGGGGAGUCCUGCCCCUCCCGGCAGGGCAGGGCAGGCACUGGGUUCUGGCUGUGGCAGCCAGCCAGCUGGUGUGGCUGGGGCUGGCUUGCUUUCACACCCCUUUGAAAGCCCCCAGAGAACAGCUUAGUUUGGGGGGACCCAACUUUACCCUGCCGUGAGCAGAGCCCCUGUUAGCCUGCUUGGGUAGGAUUCUACCCUUGGACUGCCAGAGGCCUGAGCCCAAAGAAACCCAUUGCUUCUCCCCCCCUCCCACAGAAGAUGUGCUGUCCACCCUGCUGGGGGAGGGGCUGCAGAUGGAGGAAGUCCUCACAUGUUGCCUUCUCACCAAAGGGUGGAGGAAGCAGCUUUGCAAAGCCCUGCCAUGCUCCAGGUUGGGGAUG